AUGGACGCAGGGCGGAGAGACGCGGCUGACCUGGGCAGGAGCCUGUGCAUCGUCACCGGAGCGUCCCGGGGGCUGGGCUGGGCGCUGUCCGUGGUGCUAGCCCCCCGGCUGAUGCCGGGCUCCCACCUGGUGCUGGUGGCCAGGUCCGGGGAGCGCCUGCGGCAGCUGGAGGCUCGGCUGCUGGAGGAGAGGGCUGGCCAAGUCCGCCUGAGCCGAGUUGAAGCAGACCUGAGCCGGGAAGAGGGUGUGCAGCGUGUCCUGGAGACGGUGACCAGCGCAGAGGGAGCCGCUCCGGACAGACUCCUGCUCAUUAACAACGCGGGUUCUCUGGGAGAUCUCUCGAAGUUUGUGAUAGACUUUACCCAACCCGCCGAGGUCUCCAAUUACAUGACACUCAACUUCACCUCGUGCGUGUGCCUCACCGCCUCCCUGCUGAAGGCUUUUCCCAAACGCGAGAACUUUCAUCGAACAGUGGUUAACAUCAGCUCGCUGUGUGCAGUGCAGCCUUUCAAAUCCUGGUCACUGUACUGCUCAGGAAAAGCUGCAAGGGAGAUGAUGUUCAGGGUGCUGGCAGCAGAAGAGCCUGAUGUGAGGGUUCUGAACUAUGCUCCAGGUCCCUUGGACACUGACAUGCAGAAGCAAGCUCGGUUAGAGACUGCCGACCCAGAACUCAGGCAAACAUUCCUCACCAUGCAUCAGCAAGGCCAGCUCAUCAAUUGUCAUGACUCUGCCCGAAAGCUGGUGAAUAUCCUCAUUCGAGAUGACUUUCCGUCUGGAGCCCACAUUGAUUACUAUGACCAAUAAAACCCCAGGAAUGUUCAUUGCUGGGAUGACUCACAUACACAAAGGCCAGUGUCAGAAAUUUUCUCCAAACAUGGACUCCAACACAGACUUUCUUGAUCUGUCUAGGCCAUUUCCACUAUCUCUUCUUGUUCCAAACCAGGCAAGAUACCUCUCGGCCUGUUCACAACUCAACAAGUGACAACACCUGCUGCCUGCAGGCUUUAGCAAUGAACCCUCUGCCUCGGGGAAAGGUGGUUGUGCCUAUAUGUAGCUUCCAGUCUCUUUACUGUACCCUGUUUUUGAUUGUGCCUACCUCUCAUCCCUCAACGGCUCCAACUAUGUGCCUCUCUGUCCAUUACUGUUGACAUUUCUUUCUCUCAAUGUAUACCACUCUCUGUCCCUCAUGUUUCUAUUAAUCUCUAUUGUUCUCAUCUCUCUCUCUCUCUCUGUCCCUUGUAUCUUUGUGACUCUAUAUUGCUCUCUCUAUCCCUUGUGUUUAUAUAAUUCUCUGCUGCACUCUCUCUCUCUGUCCCUCAUGUUUCUAUUAAUCUCUAUUGUUCUCUCUCUCUCUCUCUCUGCCCCUUGUAUCUCUGUGACUCCAUCUUGCUCUCUCUAUCCUUUAAGUUUCUCCACUGCUCUCUUCCUUUCUCUCUCCUUCUCUGUUCCUGUUCUCUUCUAAUGAGAUCAUUUUUGCCUUUGUUCUGUUUGAGUGUGUCUCUCUCAGGGAGGUGAUAAAUCGGCCAUGCCACUGUUUUGAAGAAUAGCCCACUGAUCUGGCCAAUACUUACCUCAAACAACUCUAAUAAAAUAAAUUAUCCUGAUCGUUA